AUGGCUAGUCGUGAAUCUAGAUUAGAAGCAGAGAAAUUGGCUAUUAUUCAGAAGUCCAUGACCAGGGGAAGAUCGUCUUCCCCAGGUAGAGGUUCCCAUUCACGUUCAUCAUCAAUAAAUCCAGAUGAUUAUGAUAAAGAUUUAAAAUGGUCUAUAACUAAUCAUGACCCUCUGGAAAGAAUAGUUAACUUGUCUAAGCAAGAAGGAAAUAAUGAAACAUGGGAGAAUGAAUUAAGUGAAGAAGAACAUAUAAGUGAUGACGAUAGUAAUGAGAAAUUUCAAUAUGAUGAUACUGGUAAUAUUUUACCAAACUAUGCUUGUCAAGAUGAAAAAAUUAAUGAGAUUAGUAAUAUUUUGGAAAAUUCCAAUUUGAAUGAUAAUGCCACAAUUAAACGUUUAGAAGAAUUGACAGCAAGUGAAAGAGCCAUGGCUGCUGCUAGAAAAGCUGGAAGUAAAAUUGACCAAGAAGUAUUAAAUAAAUUGGCUAAUGACAAGCAGAAAUUAAUUGGUGCUAAUUUGAAUUUAGAUGAGACUAACCAAGAUGCAUUUUCAAGAAGACAAAAAUUGGAAAAUUAUCAGGCUUAUAGAAAGAAGAUUAUUGACCAAGAAAAUGGAAUUAGAAACGGUUCGGCGUCACCAACAAGACAUGAAGAUGGAGUCAGUCCAGAAGGAGGAGAUGCAUUUAUGGCACCUUAUACAUCUGCAGUUGAAGAUAAAUUAGAUAGUGAAUUUGCAUCCCAGUUGAAUGAAACUAUACAGGAAGGUCCAGUGGAUUCAAACAAAUCACAUUCAAGAGUGAUUCAAACAAUAACAAGAGGUAAUUUCUUUCAAUUGGUUAACCCUAAAGUUAAACCAAAGAUGUUUUUAUUAUGUAUGGACUUUUCUCCUGAGUCUAUUUUUGCAUUAGAAUGGAGUUUAGGAACUGUUUUAGUAGAUGGUUCUGUUUUAUUUAUUGUCUGUGUUAUUGAAGAUAAUGAUACCAACCAUCAUUUGAAAGGAAACACCACCAAUGAAAAUUCUCGUGAACAAACCAGAUUGAACAUGUUGAACAAAGCCAAGCAUCAAGUAUUGAACUUGUUGAAAUUAACCAAGUUGCAAAUCCAUAUAGUAAUUGAAAUCAUCCAUCAUCCAAUUCCAAGACACUUGAUUUUAGAAUUUAUUGAUAAUUUACAACCAACUUUAGUUAUUGUUGGUUCUAAAGGUCAAAGUGCUAUCAAAGGGGUAUUAUUGGGUUCAUUAUCAAACUAUUUGGUUACUAAGCUGACAGUACCGGUCAUGGUUGUUCGUGAGAAAUUAAAGAAGAUCAACCGUUUCAAGUCAGGUUCAUCUGUAUUCUCUAACAAUAUCAAACCAUUGACUUUAUCUGAAGCUAGAAUUGAUUAG